AAGAAAAAGGGUUUCGCCACUCACCGGAACCUUUACCAUCCCUAGAUCUAUGGUGCAGAAGGCACCCAAAGAAAAAGAAAAUUCUCCAAUACACGACAGACUUAAACACAGAUGUGUUAAUUCGCCUAUAUAGAAGGGGAGGUCUUAAGCAAUUGUAAGAGAGCGACGUGUCUUUGUUUGAGAGGGUCCUCAAUUUCCUCUCUCAAAUGGUGGACAAAUUGGGCUCGAACUCAGAUAGAGAAGGCGACAGCAAGUACAACUUCUCAGGAGGAGGAGCAACAAGUGCUUCAAAUGAAGAAGCAAUCUCUAUAAGAGAGCAAGAUCGCCUCCUCCCAAUCGCCAAUGUGGGGAGGAUUAUGAAGCAGAUCCUCCCCCCAAACGCCAAGAUCUCGAAGGAGGCGAAGGAGACGAUGCAGGAGUGCGUCUCUGAGUUCAUCAGCUUCGUCACCGGCGAGGCCUCAGACAAGUGCCACAAGGAGAAGCGAAAGACCGUGAAUGGCGACGACAUCGUUUGGGCUCUCGGGUCCCUAGGGUUCGAUGACUACGCCGAGCCGCUCAAGCGGUACUUAAAUCGGUAUCGGGAGGUCGAAGGGGAGAGGGCCAGCCAAAACAAGGCCACAGGCAGCGAAUCAAGAAACGAGAAGAAUUUGUACGGGGACGAGUCGCCGGAGAAGCAGCCAGGCGCAGCCUCUUCGUCACCUCUGAAGUUCUUCGACGUGGCCGGCAGGAGUACUAAUGGCUCUUUCUCUAAGAGGUAUUGAGAGGUACACACAUCUUGGAAAUCAAUCUAACUAAAACGAUAGAUUUUUAGGUUUUGCUAGUAUAUAGCAUAUAUAUAGAUAUAUGUGAAGCAAUCUAAAAUAUAUAUGCUUGUGGUGGUGUGUUCCUGGGCAACUCGUGGUUUGCAUCUUAGAAUUAGCAUGGAUUUCCUUUCACUGACUAUUGGUAGAUGCAGAAUAAUUAUGUACAAUUGAUGAUGGUUGUUAAUUGAGAACAUUUGUGUGCUUGAUUUGCUGCUAGUUUUCUGUGAAUGACACGAGUUUUGCAACGUUGGGUUUUGUA